CGUUUUUGCUCCCAUUUCGCUUUCAAUCCCGCGUCCUCCACGUCAAAAUCCAAACUUUUAUUAUUCCAUACGGAUCAUCAAAGCAACCAAAUCUCCACCAUCAAGUUUAAAAAAUAAAAAAAAAUCCAUUUUCCGAUCAAAAUCGUAGAGCCUAGUCUGAAGAGAAUGGCGCUGUGCUCGUGCUUCGGCCCGUCGAAGGCGGAGAGAAGAGAAGCGGAGCGGAUCGAAUCUGAAGAAGCCCGAUCCAGAGCCGCCCAGGCCGCCCAAAUGAGGCAAGAGCAGUUUGAGAAAUCGGCGAUCGGGAAGGCGGCAAAAGCGCAGAUGGCGGCGGCGGCCAAGCAAUCCAGCGCUUCUCCUAAAGGAGAGCCCGUCCUCAAGUGGCAAAUGGGGUAACUGCUUAGACGCUUCGCGAGGUCGUGAAUACUUGGGUUCGGUGGUGAUGCAGUUGGUCAUAAUGGGGUAUGCUUUUCUACCUUAACAAAUAACGACAUCUUCGGGCAAAAUGCUUUGACAAUAGCAUGUAAUAUCUUGUAUCUUUGUGAAUAACCCCCAGGUUUUCAUUUGGUGUUUGCUUUUCUCAUGUCGUUGCAAUGAGAAUUUGUGCAUAAAAGUCACAUUCUUGGUUGACCCAAGAAUUCUGUAAAUACCCAAUAAUCGUGGAAAUGAUAUUUAUGUUUCUAUCAGUUACUUCCAUGCGUCUCUGGGGAAAUCUCUCCUGAAGGAUGCUGUACGCUUGUUUUA